AUGGAAAACCUAAUUCGAAGUGUUAUUCAAUCAACACAAAGUAUUCAAGUUCCGGUUGAACUUGAUAUUCAAGAUGCAACAAUGGAGGACGUUCUCAACAAUUGUAAUAAUGCUUUGGCAGAGGAACGUGAAGAAGAAGAGUCAAAUAACGAAAUCGAAUCUGAAGAACAACAAACUAUUUCUGAUUCUGAAGAACCGGAUCAAGAUAUUGUUGGAACGCUGAUGGGUUACACUGCAGAAACAGUGAAGGAACUUCUAGGUUUCUACGAAAAACAUGCUAGUGCAGUUGGAUUUUCCAUAAGGAAAGGAAACACGAGAUUCAAAGUUGGGACAAGAAUCGUGCUUGAAAAGACAUUUCUUUGUUCAGCAGCAGGAGUAACAAACAAUGGAAAGAACAAAAAGAAAAAAGUGCAAACAGUUGUUCCUGUUGUGCCCAAAAAAGAGAGAAAACCAAGGAAAGUUCCAAUCACAAUAACUCGAUGUAGGGCAUGCUUGAGGGUGAAAAUGAAUUCUGAAGGCAGAUAUGAGGUUGCUAAUCACGUGAUAAUUCACAACCAUGACUUAACUAGAAGUCAAUGGCACUACUUGCAUAGAUCUGAAAGGCAAAUAACGGAAGAGAAGGGGGAGGCAAUUGAAACUAUGCAAAAAUCUGGUCUGUCAUCCAUGGCUUCUUUUAACUACAUGGCAAUUGAAGCUGGAGGUGAAGAAAAUUUAGGGCACUCAAAGAAAGACCAUCUAAAUUACUGCACAAGGUUAAAAAUGAAGCAAAUAGAAGGAGGUGAUGCACAAGCAGUAACUGAAAUAAUGUAUUUAGAGCUUGAAGGUGACCCAAACUUCUUUUUUAGAUUUAGAUUGGAUGAAAAAGGCAAAUUGAAGAGUUUGUUUUGGAGGGACUCUAUGAUGAUGGAAGACUAUGGAAUUUUCGGAGAUAUAGUGGUCUUUCCGGAUGCAAGACACAGAUUAUGUGUAUGGCAUUUGCAUCAGAAUGCUAUUACAAGAUUUGGGGCAUUGAAACGAGAUCCAACUUUUAAGAAGACAUUCAACUAUUGCUUGUAUAAGUGUGUCACAGUAGUUGAAUUUGAAACCAAUUGGAGAUCAAUGCUGCAAGCAUAUGAGCUGAUAGGGGAAGAAUGGUUUACAAAUGUAUACGAUUUGAGAGAAAAAUGGUGCCCUGCCCUAAGAAAAGACUUAUUUUCAGUUGGGAUUUUGUCUUCACAACGAAGUGAAAGCACUAAUCACGCCAUCGAAUUUAGAGCAAACAGAACAACAAGUUUAACUGAUUUCUAUAGAUUGUUCAAAGGAACAAUACAACGUUGGAGAAGUACAGAAAAGCAAGCUGAAUUCUCUUGUAGUAAAUCUGUUGCAUCCUCGGCUUUACCACUAUUUGGAUUGCUAAAACAUGCAUCCGAAGUUUACACGUUGUCACUAUUCAGAGACUUUGAGGAGGAAUCUGGAUAUUCGAUUGCAACAACAACAAAAUUAAUUUGGAAACAAGGUAAUACUCAGUUCUAUGUUGUGUCCAUUGAUGAAGAACCUUGGUCUGCACAGAGAGUAACAUACAUCCACGAGAGCCAGACAGUAUCAUGUAUGUGUAAAAACUUUGAAGCUUCGGGAUGGUUGUGCUACCACUGCAUUAGGAUAUUGCACCUUCAUUCGGUUAACCGGAUUCCAGAACAGUACAUAAUAAGAGGUUGA